AUGGCUAUCACCCUGGAGGGCGAGGAGGUUCAUUCGGAAUAUGAUGGCCAGCAGCAGCGUGAUGCUCUAGACAAAGUCGAAGAUGAAGAGAAGGUCCAUCUUGAAAAUUCAAAUUCACUUCCUCCAUAUGAGAAAAAUACCGAGUCCAAACAUGUUGAUCCCUUCGGAAACGAGGAUUCGGCUGAUGUGAAAUAUAAAACCUUGACUUGGUGGCGCAAGUGA